AUGGCCUUAAAAGUGACACAUGAUGAUAUUCACAUCAACAGUGAUUCUGAGAAAUCUGACAGCGAGGACGAGAAUAAUGAGGUCCCUCCUGAGGCCUCCCAAGCCCGACGAGCCCAGAACGUGCAAUUCGAGGCGCUGCUUUCGAAGCGCGCAAGGGAUGAUACAGCACAGCUGGUCAAGAAGGUGACAACUGAUCGGCCGGACGACGAGCUUACAAUUGCUAGCCUGAUAGCAAGGAAAGACCUCGAUGCUGGAAGUCUGGACCCUCGUGCAUACCAGAUCGAACUGUUCGAACGUGCCAAGACCUGCAACAUUAUUGCCGUUCUUGAUACUGGCUCUGGAAAGACUCUGAUUGCAGUGCUCUUGCUUAAGCAUAUGUUGGAGCGGGAGCUCAUUGACCGUUCCCUCGGUAAACCAGAUCGUGUGGCCAUUUUUUUGGUCGACAGCGUGACUUUGGUUUUCCAACAAGCGGCUGUCUUGCGGAACAACCUGAGUCAAGAAGUUGGCCACUUUUAUGGUGCUAUGGGCCCAGACCUGUGGAAUCAGGAGACAUGGGAUAAACACCUCAAAGAAAACAUGGUUAUCGUCUGCACAGCGGAGAUCCUGCAUCAGGCGUUGCUAAACGCGUUUGUCAGGAUGAAUCAAGUCAACCUCCUGAUUUUUGACGAAGCACAUCACACCAAGAAGGAACACCCUUACGCACGGAUUAUUCGUGAUUCUUACCUCAAAACCAACGUGUCAGAACGUCCAAAGAUCUUCGGAAUGACAGCAUCCCCGAUUGAUGGCAAAUGUGACAUUGUACAGGCAGCGAGUGAGCUUGAAGUUCUUUUACACAGCCAGAUUGCAACAACCUCCAAACUAUCUGCUCUGCGGGCAAUCAUAAGAAAGCCAACCGAGGAGACAUGGACGUACCAGAGACUCAAGCGCCCUUUUGAAACACCUCUUUCCAAAAAGAUAAAGGAAAAGUUUGGAGACAUCAAAGCUCUGGCACCUGUUUUCCGAUCCGUCUGGAAUGCUAGCUCAGAGCUAGGAAUCUGGUGCGCUGACCAAAUUUGGGCCAAGGCUCUUGCAGAUGAUGUGAUACCGAAGCUAGAGGGCUCCAUUAGCAAGGAAUUCACCCAGUACGCAACCACUACAAACGAGACUGUUAGGGAUGUCGAGGAGGUUAAGGAAGCCUGCGAAAUCGUUAAAGGGCAUUCGUUCCAACACCCCUUGGAUUCGGGUCAACUGAGCCCCAAGGUAGAACUUCUCUUGACCAUCUUGACACACCACUUCAGCCAGUCCAAAGACAAAAAAUGCAUUAUUUUCACUGAGCGGCGAAAUACUGCUAAAGUUCUGGUGCAACUGAGUGAACGAUUGGCAAUCCCAAAUAUCCGUGCUGGCUCGCUGGUUGGGGUUCGGAAUUCUGAUCUCACAGGGACGACCACUUUCCGCCAGCAGUUUCUUGCCUUGGUUAAAUUUCGAAAGGGUGAUAUCAAUUGCUUGUUUGCAACAUCAGUGGCUGAAGAGGGUCUUGACAUCCCGGAUUGCAAUCUCGUCAUAAGAUUCAAUAUUUAUGAAACCCUGAUUCAAUACAUCCAGAGUCGGGGUCGUGCAAGACACGAGGCAUCUGUCUAUGUGCACAUGGUUGAGAUCGAAAACAACCAACACCAAAAGCGUCUCCAAGAGGUCCAACAGGCAGAGAAGCUGAUGCAGAAAUUCUGCAACGCACUCCCCAGAGAUCGACUCCUGAUGGGAGAUGGGCCAGACCUGGCGAAGACCUUGGAUAAGCAAGAGUGGAAAAGAACAUUUUCCAUCAAGUCAACAGGGGCAACGUUGACAUACAACCAUGCUGUUAGUGUUCUGUCACGAUAUGCAGCCUCCUUGCAAUACGAAAAAGAUAUGUCAGCUUGUGCAACUUUCUUCACGAUUGCAACAGGAAAGUUCUUUUCUUGCGAAGUCAUUCUACCCGAAAAAUCGCCAAUCCGAGGACUGAUAGGCAGAUUGGAACCAACAAAGAUCAUGGCGAAACAAUCAGCUGCAUUCGAUGCCUGCAUCUUGCUGAGGAAAAACAACCUUCUUGACGAUAACCUCAGAUCAAUCUACCACAAGCGACUCCCAGCUAUGCGCAACGCCAAAUUGGCGAUCCAGUCGAAAAAGACUAAUCAAUACGCUAUGAUUUGCAAGCCAUCCAUAUGGAAGCAAAAUCAAGAACAAUUGCCUGACAAGGUUUAUGGUAUGGUCUUCAAAUUUAGCCCUUCAGAGCCUCUGUGUCGUCCUCAUGACAGCAUCAUACUCUUGACCCGAGUACGAGUUCCAGAGAUUCCAGCGUUCCCUCUUUACCUGGAAAACGACAAGGAAACGACGAUCCAGGUCGUAUGUUUUGAAAGUCCGCUUUCGGUCAAUACUGAAGACCUGACCUGGUUCUCAAAAUUCACAGUUUCGGUUUUUCGUGACGUUUUUCAUAAAACUUUUGAAGUCAUCCUGGACAAGUUUCCGUACUGGCUAGCCCCAGUAAGAUCGGAUGCCAAAAUUAUCAGUUCUACUGAUUCACCAAGAGACAUCAUUGACUGGAAAACUCUGGAUUUUGUGAAUAAGAACCAUGAGAUAAAAUGGACCAGGGACAUGGAGCCUUCGUCUCUAUUUGGACGUUUCGUUUAUGAUGGAUGGGACGGCAAGAGACGAUUCUUUCCGCUGAGCGUCGAUACCACACUUCGUCCCUCAGAUCCUCCACCGGCAUGGGUGCCUCGCCGAAAGUGGAUGAAGGACAUUAUGAAUUACUCACUCAGUCUCUCGAAAAACUCUCGACCAAAGGCUCUAGAAGGCGUAGACUGGGACCAGCCGGUGUUUCUGGCCGAAUGUGUUUGCCUGCGAAGAAACUUCCUGGACAAAGCCACAGAAUCAGACAAAGCAGAACAAACGAAGACGGUCAUUUGCCCCGAGCCAUUGAUGAUUUCCGCUAUCCCUGUUCCUAUUGUGACUUCCUGUCUAGCUUUUCCUGCUAUUAUGAAUAGGCUCGAGUCCUACUUGAUCGUACUAGAGGGCUGUCAGCAUCUAGGCCUCGAUUUAAAGCUAGAAUUCGCCCUUGAAGCUUUUACCAAGGAUUCAGACAAUACCGAGGAACAUCGUUCUCUCCAGAUCCAUGUUCAACGAGGCAUGGGAAAGAAUUACGAGCGGCUCGAAUUCCUCGGCGAUAGUUUUCUAAAGAUGGCGACUUCCAUCUCACUUUUCUGCCAGAAACCGGACGACGAUGAGUAUGAUUAUCACGUCAACCGAAUGUGCCUCGUCUGCAAUAGGAACUUGUUCAAUGCUGCGGUUAAGAUCAAUCUCUAUACCUACAUCCGGAGUCGUGGAUUUUCUCGGCACACAUGGUACCCACCAGGUCUUGAGCUUCUUCAUGGUCGAAAUUACCUUCGACAUCUUGAUUCCGAAAGCAGUCACGCACUGGGAGAAAAGACUAUCGCUGAUGUCUGCGAGGCACUCAUAGGGGCUUCAUUGCUCACAGGAGGCAAGGAAAAUCGGUUUGACUUGGCAAUUGAAGCGGUGACUAUAUUCGUUGACAGUGAAAACCACAAGGCCAAGACCUGGAAGGAAUAUGUGUCAUCCUACGUCAAACCAUCCUAUCAACUGAAAGGCACUGAUGGAUUUGAGAUUGAUCUUGCUAAGAAGAUCUUUCAGGGGCUAGGAUAUCAAUUCCAAUACCCUGCUCUUCUCCGUUCUGCAUUCACUCACCCUUCAUACCCCUCUGCUUGGGCCAAAGUACCUUGCUACCAGCGACUGGAGUUCCUUGGAGAUGCUCUACUGGAUAUGGUUUGUAUCGAGUAUCUGUUUCAAAAGUUCCCAGAUAAGGACCCACAAUGGUUGACUGAGCACAAGAUGGCUAUGGUAUCAAACAAAUUCCUUGGGGCACUUUCAGUGAAGCUUGGAUUUCAUCGCCAUCUGCAGCAUUUCAGCAACCCUCUGCAGUCAGCCAUUACCCAGUAUGCCGAGGAUAUCCAGUACGCCGAAGAAGAAAAUCCCGGAAUGAUGGACUACUGGCUGGGGACGAGAGACUCCCCAAAGUGUCUACCGGACAUGCUCGAGGCAUAUCUUGCUGCAAUUUUCGUCGAUUCUGGCUUCGAUUACACAAUCAUUGAAGCUUUCUUUGCGCGUCACAUCGAACCUUACUUUGUCGAUAUGUCUCUAUAUGACACGUUCGCUAACAAGCACCCAACAACGUUCCUUUACAACCAAUUGACAACCAUCUAUGGAUGCACUGACUAUUGUCUCAAGUCGGGUGAGCUUCCAGGGGUAGAUAACGAACGGUCAUCGAUUCUCGCUGCUGUCAUGAUACACGGAAUCUCCGUUGCGGAAUCUAUCGGAGCUUCCAGCCGAUAUUCCAAAGUCCGAGCAAGCGAAAGGGCUUUGGAUGCGAUUGAAGGCUUGUCCCGAGAGGAGUUCCGCAGAAAGUAUGGCUGCAAUUGUCGUGACUCCGACGCUGCGAACGCAAAGUUGACUGAUAAGGGAUCUGCAAUCUAA